AUGUCAAAGUAUAAGUGUCUUGUUCCGUAUGAGUGGCACAAUUACUACCAGUCGAGUAUAAUAGAAGUAAUCUUGAAGAAAGAGAUAACAUGCGACCACAUCUCUAAAAAAGUCACUGGAAUUGCAAUCAAAGUUAACAGCGUGACGGCACACCUGAACUAUUGGCGUGACUUUGUUUGGAUGAAGAGAGAUAAAGAUAAAAAUUCUUGGCCGCAUAAAAAUGAAUAUUUUGGUCUCUACAUGCAUUGUGACUGUAGUUACUGUGAACAUAGUCUCCCGGGUCAAAAAAUUUAA